GAUACUCCCAGUUUAUGCUUGAGACAGAUCGCAUUCAGUAUUGCUAGCUUGAAGUUGUAGUAGCGGACAAGUUUCUGGUGUUCCAACAACUGAAGAUCGCGCGCUCGCCAAAACAAAAGGAUGAUUCGGAAUUGGUAUUUAGUAGGGAUCGCAGUAGGUUUCACUGCAUUUUUGUCAGUAAGCUCCCUGCCAUAUCGUGAUAAUUUCUCAGAUCUUCCUGGUCCAUACUGUGAGAAUAUUGGCUGCUGUGAUGAGAGACAAGACUCUUGUUCCGUACCGAUAAUGGGUACCCUAUGUUACUGUGAUGAUUUCUGUAACUACACAAGAGUAGAUGAUUGCUGCCCUGAUUAUUGGUCACACUGCAAAGGCAUACUUCCUCCACCAACAACAACAACGAUUGCUACGACAACUCUAAAUAAUGAUCCUCAACAGUUGACUAGUUGUACGUUCCAGGAGAGAACAAUAUACCUUGGAAAUAAAGUCCAAGAUAACUGUAACGAAUGUAUCUGUGAAGCCGAGGGCAAAUUGCUGUGUGACACGAACGUUUGUAUGAUCGAUCCCAAUAUUACCAGUGUCAUCAAUAGGAAUCCUGAAUUAUUUGGUUGGACAGCUUCGAAUUAUACGGAAUUCUGGGGCAGAACCCUCGAUGAUGGUAUCACAUUCAGAUUGGGAACUCUUCCACCACAACAAUUCGUGAUGAGUAUGAAUCCUGUAAGGAGAAUUUACGAUCCAAAUGCACUACCAAGAGAAUUCGAUUGUGACGCCGUCUGGCCAGGAUAUAUCUCUGGUAUCCAAGAUCAGAAGUGGUGUGGGUCUUCAUGGGCUAUCUCAACAGCUGCAGUAGCAUCUGACAGGUAUGCGAUUGUUUCCAAAGGUAAGGAAGCAGUGCAUCUGAGUGCUCAAAACCUAAUAUCUUGCGACGACAAGAGGGAGCAGAGUUGUAGUGGAGGUCAUUUAGAUAGAGCAUGGUCCUUCAUUAGAACCUAUGGGUUGGUCGAUGAAGACUGUUUCCCCUAUGUAGGAAGAAAUGAGAAUUGUUUCAUCAAGAGACAAGGAAAUCUUUUACAGUCAAGAUGUAAACCACCACUAUACGGAAAUAGAAAAGCUCGAUAUGGAGUUGGUCCGGCCUACAGACUGGGCAAUGAAAGUGAUAUUAUGUACGAAAUCACUAGAUCUGGACCAGUUCAAGCUACAAUGAAGGUAUAUCAGGACUUCUUCACAUACAACGGAGGUAUCUACAAGCACAGUGAUUUGACACUGAGUCGCAGACAGGGAUAUCAUUCAGUCAGGAUUGUUGGAUGGGGAGAAGAAAUUAGCUACAAUGGAGAACAAAAAUAUUGGAAAGUUGCUAACAGUUGGGGCAGGAACUGGGGAGAAGACGGUUAUUUCAGAAUAGCAAGAGGUACAAACGAAUGUGAAAUAGAAACAUUCGUUAUCGCAUCAUGGCCUCGUGUAGAUAGAAAAAUACAAUUGGCCAACGAGAUACCCAAUAGUGAAUGAAAGUUUCCAGAAAUCGUUAUAUGUUGAGUAAGACACAGAAGAUUGAGUGAAACAAAAUGACAUCUCACAUCGAUGAAAAUAUACAAAUUUUUUAUUUCUAUACAGGAUGGAAUCCAAGUGUAUUUGCUCGUCUUGAAUGUGUUAUAUUAUUGUUCAUAUUUAGGGAAAUUUUGCUAAUAAGCGAUAUGGUUACUCGAUACUGCCCUUAGAUUCUAUACAAUGUGUUCCAUCACGAUAUGGUAAUAAUUUUAUAUAUUUAUACAAAUAUAUCGAUGAGUCAACG